AUGUCAGUCAGUAAAAUUCAUAUAAAUUAUUUACCUAUUCAAUCAAUGUUAUAUGCACUUCUACUCAGAAGUGUAGUGUGGCCUAGUUUUAUCGUAUGCACUAGAGGGUUUCACCAAGAACCUCCACACCCACCGUGCUCGGAUUAUGAGAUGCGUAUUGUUAAUACAAAGCACUGCGUCGCUCGGUGUCCAAUACGUUGUAGGGAGGGCAUUAGAAGAAUUUGCUAUGAGGACAAUGUGUGUGCGUGUGAUGGUUUCUAUUUCACUUCCUUUGAAAAGGGUCUAAUUUGCGCUGCAGAAUGUUUGCCGGGCUGUACAAAUGCAGGCGGGUAUUGUGCCGCACCCAAUUUGUGUUUGUGUCGGAAGGGAUUUUAUUUCAAUGAAGUCGCUAGACGAUGUUGGCGAAGGAUUAUAAAGGAUCGCUGUUUUGGACGCUGCCUUUAUGGUAAAUGUAGUUCCAGUGGAGAGUGCAUAUGCGCUCAAGGUUUCGCAUAUCGUCCUACAAUUUUUGGUCAAUUAUGUGUACCUGUUUGUGCUCAAGACUGUGGACCUACUGGGUAUUGUCAUCUACCAAAUAUAUGUGCUUGCAGAAAGAAACAUCACCAUUAUGAAGCGGAUGGCUUGUGUCAUAAAGAUAUAACCUAUUUAGGAGAAUUUUAA